AUGGCCGUGAUGGCAUGCACGAACGCGAUGGCCUCGUGCGGCAGCUGCUGUCGCGAUGCCGCCGGGCUGACCGUGCGACCAUUAAAGCUCCGAGGAGGAGGGAAGAGAGAUCUCCACAAGUGGCUCGAAGAGGUCAAGGUGAAGAACGAUUUUCCAGAAUUCGCAGUAAGGAAGAAUGAGAUGCCCACGGGAAACGCCUUAGAAAACGCUAUCCAAUAUAAUCUUAUGAAGGCCGCAAGUGUAAUGGAGAAGCAGGUGUGUGAGAUCAACGUGAUAGAUCUCAGUAUGGUGGAUGAGAAGAUUAAGCAUCUCGACGACCUGGACUCCGACGAAAUUGAACAAUUGCGAGAGAAGCGUGUUCGAAGAUUGAAGAAGAUACAAUACCUGCAGAACAAGUGGCGGGCAAUGGGGACGGGCGAUUAUGUACAGGUCUCAGAACGUGACUUGUUCAGCAUGUUCAGACACCACAAGAGGCAUCUUUCGCAGUUGGCUGUGGAGCAUGUAGAAACUAUGUUUGUCAAGGUCGAUGUGGAAAAAGCUCCUUUCCUUGUAGAGAAGUUGAAGGUGAAGGUGCUUCCAUGUAUGAAGUUGAUGAAAGACGAGCAAGUCUUCAAAACCUUGAUUGGUUUCGAAGAGUUUGGUAAUCGGGAUGAAUUCAAGACUCGGGAGCUAGCAAUAUGCCUUGCUCGAUACGAGAUGAUCAGGCACCCCGACAUGUCCCUCGACGAGUUUGAAGUUGGUGACGAGGAUGCUUUGCUAAGUUCUGAUUGA